UCGCGAUUCGAUGCCUGCGUAGGACUUAAAUACACGCACCUCGUUAAGCUUUCAAUUAAACCGGACGUCCUGACGAGAUUGAAACCAUCAUACAACGCCACAAACCUUGUACCACAUUGUAGUUUGCAUAUCUACCUGAUCUGGGUUGCGCGGCCGUGGUGAAGAUUCUUCGUCUUGUCACCUACGUAGAGCAGUGAGAUCCAUCAUGGACGACGUUCCGCCUCCUCCGUACACAGAGAUGGAUAUCUAUUCUCAUUCGGGGCGGUCACCUACCGGCCGAAAUGAGCGAAACGCUGUCGACGACGACAGCUCUACCAUCGCGUCCUCUCAUAGUGACCUCAUCUAUACCCCGCCGGAGUCGCCGCGCGAGUCGCCACACAGCCCAAGCGGCCGCGAUGACUCUCGCACGACAGCUUCGGCGCAGGCUUACUUCGAAUCACGCCCCCCCCCUUCCCCUCCCCUUGGUGGCUGGCCGUCUGGCCAGAACCUCGAGAUUGCGUUAGCCAUCACCGAAAGGGCCUCGCCUAGAGACUUCCCGUACCCGGCCUGGGCCCACGGGCGCGGGACUACCCACCAAGACUGGCAGACCUUCCUCAACCACCUCAUGCCGGACCAUGCCGGACGCGUGAACUCGCAGAUUCUCGAGCGAAAGACACGGGAUGUACAAGUUGGGAAGGACGAUACUGGCGAAGAUGGCGGGAAUAAUAAGGACGAGAAUAAUCAGAAUCGUACCAAGUCGCCGUCGAGCGCAGGAGGCAUGGCCGAGGCUCUGCUUCAAGACGUAAAAUCGGAAUCUAGCGACUCGGUAUCGCAACGGCAGACACCGCAUGAUAUAGACGCGACGAUACGCGAGUGGAACGAUGGCUUCUUUAACCUAAGAGGCGUGACGAUACAUCGCAUUUCAGCAUCUAGCUCAUCGCAAGCACCUGCCGCCGACCUGCCGCGGCAGAUCCCUAUCAACGCCGACUCCACGCCGACUCCGCAGCCUCAGUCCCAAUCACAGGAACAGGAGCAGGGGCCGGGAGAGUCUCGGGCUAAUGAACAGCCUAGACCGCGAUGGAACCCUUUCCGACCAUUCGAGGUGUCCGACCGCGGGGUCCGCAUCGGUCCCCUGACUGUUGACGGUGACCGGGUCGCGUUUGGUGACUCGUUCGAAGCAGACCGCCACGGCGUGCGCUGGAACGGGCAAUCCGUCGACCACCGCUUCGCUCCAUUUCCUCAACCCCGUGGCCCAGGCGGAUUCCCUUAUGGGCCGGGGGGCUUCGGCGGCGGCGGCUUCCCACACGGAAGGGGAGGCCCCUGGGGAGAGCACGGGAUGAGUCGCGGCCGCGGUCGGUGUUGGAGUUCCCGCCAUGAUCAACACAACGGUCAGAACCGCCACCAUCACUACGGAUCACGAGAUCGCUCGGCCAGCGCCAAUUCCAACCGUUCUGCGGGUUCGGCAUCGUCCUCAUCCUCUGACUCAGAUUCGAGCAUCGGUAGCCUCCCAGACUGGGACGACCUGAGGGACUCGCAGCUCCCUGUCACCAAACAGCACAUCUCAGCUUGGCUCGAACACUCGGAGCAGCCCGUGACACGGGAUAUGGUGCUCAGCGUGCGGGCCGACAUCAAGGCCGCCAAGAAUAACCCCAGCCUUGCCCUAGUCGGCGACGACGACUUGCCGGCGCUUCGCCAGGAGGUCCGGUCGCUGCUCGAGUGCUUCAAGGACCUGAAGCGGGGCCAGAUGCGAGCCCGCCGGCAGAGACGAAGGGACCGCCGGGCGGAGAAGCGCGCCGCGAAGCGCGACCGCAGAGGCCGUCAUCGGGCGGAGAGGAAGGAGCAGCGAGCCCAGGACUGCGAGUCCAGACGCGCCGAGCGCGACGCCGAUCGGGGUGCUAGGGGUAGCGGCCCAGGCCUUUUCGGAGCGAUCUUUGGCACACAUUCCGACUCUUACGCCGGCUUUGCACCACCACCACCACCACCCCCGGCACAGCCUCUAUGCAUUCCCGUCAGACCGGCCGUACCACCCACGCCACCCAUGCCGGGCAGCUUCCCGUUCCCGCCGGCGCCGCCGGCGCCGCCAGCGUCGGACAGCUACUGGACGGAAGGCAGCCAGGACAGGGACGGGACCCAUCCCCACCGCGGCGGAUACAGCUUCCUCGACCUAGCGCGGCAGGCGGCAGUGCAAGCACAGGCGGCAGUGCAAGCACGUGCGGCGCGGGCGCAGGCGGAGGUGGCGCGGACGCAGGCCCUCCGAUCAGCAGAGGGAGCGCGGGCACAGGCGGAGGCCGCACGGAUUCAGGCCCUCCGAUCAGCGGAGGCGGCGCGGACACAAGCUCUACGGUCGGCGGAGGGGGCGCGGGCGCAAGCCGAAGCCGCACGGACACAGGCCCUCCGAUCGGCCGAUGCGGCGCGGGCGCAAGCCGAAGCCGCACGGACACAGGCCCUCCGAUCGGCCGACGCGGCGCGGGCGCGGGCGAUGGGUGCAGCGGCGGCGUGGCUGGGCAGCGGCAGCGGUGGUGGUGCCGGGUCCUCCUCGCCCUUCCCCUACACGCCCUUCAGCCCUCCGGCACCGCCGUCGUCGACGGCGGUGGCGGCGGACGACGACGACGACGCGGCGGGGGUUGCGGGGGCGGACAAGCGGUACGAGGAGGUGGACGCGCUGGAGGCGCGGAUCGCGACGAAGCGGGCGGCGCUGGCGGCGCUGCGGCGCGAGACGGCGGCGAAGGAGCAGGAGAAGGGCGGCCGCGGCGCCGGCGGCAGCGCCGACCGCGAGGCCGGCCGCCUCGAGCGCGACAUCGAGGUCCUGACCCGCGAGGCCGACCGCCUGCGCCUCGAGGCCGACGAGCAGCUCGCGCGCGAGCUCGAGAUGGAGGAGCAGCGGCUGUUGCGGGAGGGGUAUUAGGAGGGGAGGAUGGGA